AUGGGAUCCACUAUGCAAGAGUUCCGAGAACUAAGGAAUGAUCCAGAGUAUCUUAACUUCAUCGCAGUUGGUGAGGCACUGAGAAUCCUAGGUGAUGGCUUACGUCAUUAUACCGAGCAGAAAGCCAGAAAACUACAAGAGCAGCUUAUAAAAAAACUUGGAGGAUACUGUAAUUGUCCGUGUACGCCUGGAGUAAGACCUUGUCGUCAUACAUGUAAGUGGGGCAAAGAAUUGGAGAAAUUACAUGCGAAUAAGAAGAAAAGUCGUAUUCCGUUUCAUCAAAGUGACAGUACACUGUGGCACGAUCCUAAUACUGGUUACUGGGAAGUUGCGAAGGUUUUCAUGUCUGACUUAGGAGCAAAGUGGAGUGAUGUAAAAGAUCCUGCUACAACGGAUUUAACCGGACUUUUAAACUUCUUAAUAUUCUGUAAACACUCUAACGUUCAACAAAACUUCCUUAAGUCAGUCCGCGAUUUCAGAAAUGAAUGUGCACAUACUAAGAACUAUAGGUUUAGUGCAUCAGAAAAACAAGCAGCGUUUGUCGCUAUUGAGAACCUAAUAAACGAUGCUGAAUUAUUGUCUUGUAAAGAGGUCCAGGAUUGUCGUCUAGGAGUCAACGAAGUGAAAAACGCAGAUGUUUCAUUUGUACAAGAAAGAGAUUUAGAGGUUUUGAAGGAAUUAACACGACACCAGGAAUUAACACGACACCAGGAAUUUACAAAGGCGAGAGAAACAGAAGCGAAGCGAGAAGAGCUAAUUAACAUGAUCAAAUUAAUUAGUGUACAUGUAUCUGCAUCAAAUAAUAAUCGCCACCCGCAUGGCUACACAUCAGAUAGUCAGGUGAAAGAUUUGCUUGAUCUUGGUAUCACGUUCAUUGCCAUUCUUCUGCUUCCAGUUAAAGUUAUAAAGGAAUACAGUCGCUGGAAAGUUUUUUCAUUUUUAACCCUGGUUAUGCUAAUGUUAUCGUGCGUUAGUGAUAAUUCCGUUUUGGUGUCUGAUUAUGGUAAGUUUACAGUACUGCCUUUGUACCUUUUAUUAUUUUAACAUUGGUAUAGGCAAACGGCCUAAAAUAAUAGCCUUCAUACAUGUUUCUAUCCGUGCAACUAUUGUUGGCAUUUAUGUUAUUUUUCCACAAAAUUUGCUCUGUUAUGAAAGCCUUGAUCUAAUCGUUUUUACCCACCAUUUUUGCCGAUAUUUUACUGAAUUUCUAAAGGCUCCCACAAGCACAUGUACAGUAUCACUUGCAGUAGAUGUGGCAUGCUCUAUAGUGGGGAGACUGGAAGACUUUUGAGGUCAAGGUUUGAUGAGCAUACUCUCAAUUCAAAAGCACCACAACAUAGUCGUUUGGGGUCAGGAGUCAUGCUGUCAUUGGCAAUGAUAUAAAUAUAGGAAAAACGUCUAUUAAUACCAUAGGUUGAACAGUGUCAUGUUUGGAAAUAAGACACAUUUCAUGUAUUUUGCAAAACACUGUCAAUGGCCAUUAUUAAAAUGUAUUGGCAACAGAUUGGUUCAUAUUAUUGGCACUACCUCAUAGAUAUCUUAUAUACUGUAGAUAGCGCAUCUCUUUUAGUAAAAUUGAAGGCAAGGAUAUUCCAGCGGUUGCCCCCAUUUGAAUAGAUGGCGGUCAUGUUAGUAGUUCCCGGUCGCUAAUAAACGCUUUAGAAACAACAAUAACUUUCAUCAUUUGAAUAGUUUAAAAAUGUAUUUUGAAUAGGUUUGACUUAAUGUCUAAGUUCCCUGUUUAAGAAAUAGAAAACAUACGAAUCUUCUCAUUUAAUGGGGAUAUCCUGAGACUGCAAUCACGGCUUCAAUUUUUGAAUUGCAGAAUAAUUAGAUGCACUAUCUAGUGUAAGAUAUCUAUGCACUACCUACACUGGCACAGACAGUUCAAGAUUUAUGUCCAUUGCCUGUCUAUGUUUGACAAAAGGAGACAAUCGCUUAGUUUCCAUAUUUUAAAAUAUAUUCAGCAAUGUGCACGAUUUACAUUUGUUUAUCUUUUGUUUCGAUUAAAUUCAUCUGAUUGGCUUACUUUAAUCAUGUGAUCGCUUUUAUAUUCGCUAUAGUAUAAUUCUCACACUAACGCCAGACGAUUUUACUCGUUAAGGGGACAGCGCUGCUAAUCAAUGUCAAUGGGGUUAAAAACACGAGUCUUUUACAACCUAUUUGUAGGUCAGCUAAUACACCCUUCCAGAAAGUACAACACUUUGGCUAUGGAGCCUCGUUUUCGUGUAUGUGGCAUUAGUUGAAGCCCAAAGUCUCAAUCAUGAUAACGAGGCUCUAUGUCCAUGAAGGUGACGUACUUUCCGAAAUGCUGUAUCACAACUGGCAAGGGCCUGUAUACGAAGUCAGUAGUUUCGCGCCGCGCAAUUUAAUAUUUUCUCACCUUUUUCGACAUUACAUUAUAACCGGGUCUAAUUCAACACCUUCAGUUGCUAGGGAAUUAAAGUUAAUUUUUUAGAUUUUUAUAAAAUAAAUCAUGCCAAAGUGAAGAUUAGUUUCCAGAUUUCACGCUACUAACUUCCCGACGAAGGGACUUCAGUCGAAACGUCGAAGUUCUGCUUAUAUUUUUUCAGGAUGGUUUAGGUGCCUGGUAUUUAACGAAGCCAGUAUAGAAGAGCGAGAGGCCCGAUUAAAAUCGUCGCGUGUGCUCCAAGCUUGAUUGCGCAAUAAUCGCGCGACUGCAUGCAGUGUGCUCAUCUUGCAUACCAAUUUUAAUGAACGUUUUUGAAAACUUGAAAAUUACUCACUCUGAAUUCAGCUCCGCCGCCUGUUUCACUACUGUUAGUCAUCGGUCCCAAUGUGUGAGUUUAAUGAACACAGUUAACUGGAUUAACUUCUGUGUUUUUUUGUAAUUAUAGGUUGCUCACAUCCUGUGAGAAUAUCGCCAAUUAACUCGUUUGGCUUCAGUGAAUUUGACUUUACUCAUCAUUUGUCUUACAAACGUGAGAAAUUCUUUGGAAGAAGUUGGUUCUUCAGGGAACUGGGUGACAUCUUCGAAAGCAUUCAUGGUGACGAGAAAGGAGUUCUCAUAACUGGAGAUCCAGGUUCUGGGAAGUCAGCGCUCAUGUCACAAUUGAUUUGCUCACCUUUUUCCAAGUUCGCAAUUCACGACAACAUUAUUGGAUAUCAUGUCUGUGAUUAUUCAGAGGAAGUUACGCGAGAUGGUUCUUCUUUUGUGCGUAAUUUAGUGGAUCAGAUUGCAAGUAAUAUUCCUGAGUAUGCUAGUCGUGUACUUGAUAAGAAACAGAUUCGAACGCACCUUAACAAACGUUGUGAGCGAGAUCCAACUGCGUGUUUCUUUACGACAAUUAUAGGACCUCUACGAGAAUUGAAAAUCAAGCCUGACAACUUUAAAUAUAUUGUAAUUGAUGCCUUGAAUGCAUGUAUUGAAAAGGACAGAAAAACGUCAGCGAUAAUUGACAUUCUUCAUAACAAAAUUUCUUACUUUCCUCAAUGGUUAAAAGUUAUCAUGAGUUCACGAAAUUGGACAACAGUAACUUCCAAAGUGCCUCGAACAGUGCAGAGAAUAUCUUUAAAUCCUCAUGAUGAACGAAACAUCGAAGAUAUUCGUUGUUACAUCUCACGAUAUUUGAGGAGAAAAUCUUCUUUUGUAAGCAAACUAUGGAACGCAAUUCCUGAAAUAACUGACGAACUCACGAAACAUGCAGAGGGCAAUUUUUUGUUCGUGAAGACAGUCUUGGAGAAUAAUCUGGGCUCUGACGGUACGAUUAAUGCAUAUUCAUUACCAAAUAGCCUGCAUGACAUUUAUAACCAGAUAUUCCAACGAUAUUUUAUGAAAGAAGAUUCUGCUCGUUUUGAAAUCCUUUUCGAAAUUCUUUUGGCUGCCGGAUCUUCGCAUGAAACGGAGAUCUUUGAUAUUCUUCAAAACCAAGGUAAAGGUGAAGAUGUUCAGACUCUACUUGCGCACGUGUCUUCUUUAUUGCAUUUUGGACAUGACGGUGCUGUCAGCAUCUAUCACCAGUCUUUUGCUGAAUGGUUAGUAAACAACGACAAUCGUGUGAAUGGAUUUUCGUUUCAAAAACAUCGAGGUCAUGCGUACAUUGCUGACUUACUUGUUGAACGUACAAAGGACAAUAGUACCAUGACAUUUAAACAGCUAUCUCGACUAUGUAUGCAUCUGUUAAAUUCUGGUAGCCCAAGCGACAAGCACAAAAAGCAACUGGCACUUAUGAACGUUUCAAAAAUUCGCAAUCAACAAAACGGUAAAUUUAUUAUACAUGAACUUGCUCAAAGGCAAAACGGUUCUCGGUUGUUGGAAAUUUUUCUUCCCAGCUUUUCCUCGGCUGGUGUUCCUGAUUUUAACGGCAAAUCACCAGCGUAUUACGCAGCCCUGGGUGGACUUGUGGAUAAUUUAAAACUAUUCAUUAAUUACGGGAUAUGCGUUAAUUGCAUUCUAAAGAAUGUAUCUUCAUUACAUGAAAUCAAAGCUGCAAUGAAAAUGAAAGGAUAUGAGGAAUCCAGCAUAAUGCAUAUUGCAACUUAUAAUGGUCACACAGAAGUGGUUGAUACUUUACUUAAACAUAAUGCCUCGUUUAUUCAAUUCAACGAGUAUAUACCGACAUUACUACACGUCGCAGCAGAAAGAGGGCAUCUAGAUCUUGUUAAAUUGCUAUACAAUAGCGGUGAUCAAGCAGACAUCAUCUCCCUUCAUCAUGCUGCCGCAAGAAACAACUUUUACGUUGUGAAGUAUCUUUUAGAAACUGCUGGCGUGAAAGAUGAAUGUUUGGAGUGUAAACCUAUGAAAUUUCCUCAUCUUCGGCGAAACAAAUCAUUGCGUGAAAUUCAUAAUAUGUUUUGUGAAACUGCUUUACAUGCUGCCGUAUCCAAGGGUCAUACCAAUAUAACAAAACUUUUAUUACAGUUUGGAAAUUCGGCAAUGGAGUGUAAACAUCAUUCAGGAAAGACGCCUCUGAUGGAUGCCGUAGAACAAAAUGACACUGAAAUGGCGGAAUUAUUAUUGCAAAACGGUGCAAAUGUGGAAGAAAAAUGUGGCAACGAAAUUUCACUCAAUGUUGGUGAAACGUCCGGUGUUCGAUCUCUUUACGGAAAACGAUCUCUGUAUACUGUUUAUCGCGAAAAAACGUCUUGUGCAUGUGGGAACAAAGCUCUUCAUCUUUGUGCAAAGUAUAGAUUGUCGCGCAUGGCAAAAUACUUGAUUAACAAUUGGAAUGCCAGUGUUCUUGAUAAAAAUUGCAAUGGUGAAACCAUUUGGAAAAUUGCGAGCUUAUCCCACAAUCAAGACUUUAUUGAUCAUAUGACUCGAAUGUUGCUUAAUUUGGACGAUCAACCCGACUCAAAUGGAAAAUCAUGCAAAAUGGGUCAAAGACAACUCCGUACUUUCAAAAAAUUAUUGAGAAAAUUUUUCAUGAGAACCAAACCUUACCAGUCUAGCUUCCAAUGUGAUUCAACAUUUGAAGGGAUGUCGCCAUUACAUAUCGCAGCAUUUAUGGGAGUGGAUAUGUUAAAUCGUGUGUAUAAGAAAGCCCAUGAAAUUGCGCCAAGUUUACCUUUAAAUUGCACCAACAAACAUUGGAUUACUCCUAGAUAUUUAGCGCAUUUUUAUGAUAGUAUUCCUGCUUUGACAGAUGAAAGUCCAAGUCGUCUAAAACAAACUCCUCGCAGCAAUUUUAAUGAAUAUGCAAAUACUAUGUUACAAUAUCCUGAUCGUGAAGCGGAGUUUCAUAUGAUUUAUAAUUACUUCUAUGAUUCACUGGAUGAAUGGAGGUACUUUUCAUUAUACCAGACGUUCAAGUCACUGGAAGAUAAUGGUAUAGCCAACUGCCCUGGCUAUUAUGAUAUGCCCACAAAAGAAGCGCUGGAACCAUCUUGCGACCGAUACUCUUCCACUACCAAAUCUGAAAGAGACACUGAUGAUAUUCCGCAAAGUGCUACAGAAACUAUGUUGCAUAAAAUUCGAAACUGUAAAAUUGUUUGUAUGUCUGUGUUAAAGGAUUGCAAGGAUUCCACCGAACUGGAAGAAGUUACGUUUAAUAAACCAGAAUUUACAUCGUCUAUUAAAGAAAUACAAGAAUUGAUGAUGUGGGAGGAAUAUAUGAUAGACUGUGGAUGUCCUAGGAUUUUGGGUAUGUUACAAAAUAUUUUUACUCUGCUCCCGAAACAAAAUCGUUAUGUCAAUCAAUUUAUUUCUGAAAGAAUGGGUUGGAAGGAAACUUCGUCCGACGGUGAAAUUGUGAAGCGCUGGCCAAUGUACUUCUUCCACAAAAAAUUGAAGAAUGAAUAUCAGUCUUAUAAGUAUCUUGACAUUUUAAACGAAGGUUUUAAAAUUAAGAUGAGUAUUGAUGAAAAGGACGAUAACUAA